CUCUCUCUGUGUGUGUGUGUGUGUGUGUGUGUGUGUGUCUCUGUGUGUGUGUGUGUGUGUGUGUGUGUGUGUCUCUGUGUGUGUGUGUGUGUCUCUGUGUGUGUGUGUGUGUGUGUGUGUGUGUCUCUGUGUGUGUGUGUGUGUGUGUGUGUGUCUCUGUGUGUGUGUGUGUGUGUCUCUGUGUGUGUGUGUGUGUGUCUCUGUGUGUGUGUGUGUGUCUCUGUGUGUGUGUGUGUGUGUGUGUGUGUGUGUGUGUGUGUGUCUGUCUGUCUGUGUGUCUGUCUGUCUGUGUGUCUGUCUGUCUGUGUGUCUGUCUGUCUGUCUGUGUGUGUGUCUGUCUGUGUGUCUCUGUCUGUGUGUGUCUCUGUCUGUGUGUGUCUCUGUCUGUGUGUGUCUCUGUCUGUGUGUGUCUCUGUCUGUGUGUCUGGGGUGGUGUUUCACUUCCUGAAGUGGAAAGGCAGUAGGUUCAUUUGUUCACACAUUGGACUGAUGUGUUAAAAUGUCCUGUACACAAUGCAUGCACACUUUUUACUCUGGUGCAAACGCAGUCUUAAUGAUACAUUAACACAUGUUGGAAAAUGAAAGUAAUUAUUUUUAGCCUUAAUUAAUAAUACAAAAAAUAGUUUGGUAUAAUUAAUUUGUUUUUGUAUAAAGCAUCUGAGGUAAUAAAUGCACAAACACGCAACACAUUACACAAAAAUGACUAUCAUACUCGGGGUGAAAACUCUCUGCUUCAGUGCUAGUCUCUUAGGGUUUAUUAUAUUUAGGGAGCAUGUAGAGUAUUUUCUUUUAGAUUCAUUAAAGUGUGUAUUUUUUAUCUUUCUUUGUCUGUGUUUUUUUCUCCAGUUCAGAAGGAGGGACAAAUUUAGCAAUAAAGAGGAAACAAAAUGUGUUCACACAUAUAGUACAUCGUCAGCACAUCAUCACACUCACAUCGUCAGCACGUUUUAACCAGUCUUUUUCUCUCUCACGCUUUCAUUUAGUCAUAGUUUGGUUGCUGGACAUGAGGGUUGAGAAGGCACAAAUCUUUCCAGUAAUGAUGUCCCUCCAAAUGGCUUCUCCACUUCAUCUGGUCUUUCUGUUCAUGAUCUCAGGAGCUCUUGGGAAUGAAUGGAGUGUGACAUACAGCAAACUAAAUCUCUGUGCUUUAAAAGGAUCUACAGUGUUUAUGAACGUCACGUACACACACCCAACACGUCUUACAGUGAAGAACAGGUUUUGGUUAAUAAACUCAGUUCAGGGUAAAGAACCGACUGAUCUGCGUAAUGAUUCAGGUUACUCAGGCAGAGUGGAGUAUUCAGGAGAUGAACAGAAACACUUCUCCCUCAGACUGAGUGACGUGAAGAAAUCAGAUGAACAGAAGUACUGGUUCAGAAUCACAACAAAUGAAGAAAAAGAAAGAUACCAGGGUCACCCUGGAGUUACAUUCACUGUUACAGAUCUUCAGGUGAUCGCUCCUGCAGAAGUGACAGAGGGACAAUCAGCCGUUCUGAUCUGUAACACCACCUGCAGUCUGACUGAUCCAACAUUCAUCUGGUACAAAAACAGACGUGAUUUAACCACAAACACCCCCAAGAGCAAUGAACUCCACCUGCAGCCGGUCAGCAGUGAGGAUGCAGGCAGUUAUAGCUGUGCUGUAAGAGGAUAUGAACAUCUCCCCUCUCCUGAUCAAACCCUCAGAGUCAGAUAUCCUCCAAAGAACGUCUCAGUGUCCAUCAGCUCCUCUGGUGAAAUAGUGGAGGGCAGUUCAGUGACUCUGACCUGCAGCAGUGAUGCUAACCCACCUGUGAAGAACUACACCUGGUUUAAGGGGACGACAUCAGUUGGAAAAGAAAAGACCUACACCAUCUCCAAGAUCAGCUCUGAGGACAGUGGAGAGUACAAGUGCAAGUGCAGUAAUGAAGUCGGACAUCAGGACUCCAUCAGUGUAACUCUGAAUGUUCUGUGGUUUCAGAGCUUAGGUGUGUACGCAGGUGUUGGGGCUGUUGUGUUUGUGUGUGUUUGUCUCAUCAUCACCUUCCUGUUUAUCAGAAGCAGGAGACAGAAGAAAAAGGCAGAUGAAGGUGACUCUCAGAACGUCGGGCCGAGCGCUAAAGACGACACGUACGCAGCUCUCGACCUCGCGGGCUGGACAUCUGAUGAUGUGUAUCACACACUUGCAAUUUCUCAUCCCAGUCCUCCUGCUGACACGCCCACUUCCUCUGACUAAAGAGCAGUGAGUUUUAUCUUUCAAACCCCAAACCACCAUUAGAUUCGAGUAAUGUGAUAAUAUUAUUCUUUUACUCUGAAGAUGUGAGAGCUACAAUACACAGCUGUAACUCCAACAGUAAUUUUAGAUUUAUUUCCUAAUCAGUAAUAUUAAUAAACGUAAAUCAGAGAGUGUGUGAUGAUGACUGAUGUAAAUAAAUGUUAGUAACGUGUUCUGCUUUAACACACAGUUCUGAUGUUUCUUUGUGUUGUUUCUUUGAGGAACAUGAUGAAUGAAAUGAGUUGAAAUCUCCUUGAUAGAUUAGAAAAUGUUGUUGGUAUUAAGGGAACAGUCCUCUCCUGGUUCAGGUCUUUUCUCACCGAUCGUUAUCAGUUCGUAGAUGUAAAUGGUGAAUUCUCCAUGCGUACUGAGGUUACUUUUGGAGUUCCACAGGGUUCUGUUUUAGGCCCACUGCUCUUUACUUUAUAUAUGCUACCCCUAGGUUAAAUUAUUCGUAAACAUAUAAUUAGCUUCCACUGUUAUGCUGAUGAUACACAGUUGUAUGUUUCAGCGAAGCCAGAGGACAGACAGAAGCUUAGUAAAGCUGAGGAUUGUGUAAAGGACAUUAGACAUUGGAUGUUAACUAACUUCCUUCUACUUAAUUCUGAUAAAACAGAAAUACUUUUAUUAGGCCGACGUGUAGCUAGAAGUAAUCUUUCUGAUCACAUGGUUACUCUGGAUGGUCUUUCUGUUUCAUCAUGUGCAGCAGCAAAAGACCUUGGAGUGAUUAUUGACUCCAGCCUAUCAUUUGAUGCUCAUGUAGAUAAUAUUACUAGGAUAGCCUUCUUUCAUCUCAGAAAUAUUUCUAAGAUAAGAAACAUAUUGUCACUACAUGAUGCGGAAAUACUAGUUCAUGCAUUCGUCAUCUCUAGAUUAGAUUACUGUAAUGCCUUACUGUCUGGAUGUUCCAGUAGGAAUAUAAAUAAGCUCCAGUUAGUCCAGAAUGCAGCUGCUAGAGUCCUAACUAGAACUAGAAGGUACGACCACAUCACACCGAUAUUAUCAAUACUGCAUUGGCUCCCAGUAAAAUCUCGCAUUAACUAUAAAAUACUUUUAUUAACCUAUAAAGCACUAAAUGGUCUCGCACCAUAAUAUCUAAGCGACCUUUUGGUUUUCUAUGAUCCGCCACGCCUACUUAGAUCAAAAGAUGCAGGCUAUUUGACGGUACCUCGAAUAGUGAAGGCUACAGCAGGGGGAAGAGCUUUCUCUUAUAGAGCCCCACAGUUAUGGAACAGUCUUCCUAUUAGUGUUCGGGACUCAGACACAGUCUCAGUGUUUAAGUCUAGGCUUAAAACGUAUUUGUUUACUCAAGCCUACCCUGACUAGAUUCUGUUCUACUACUUCGCAGUCAUAAUUAUCUUUUUUCUCCCUCUCUCCUUUCGCCGAGCCCCACAUGAAUUUAUGGAGAUACUAGAGAUCCAGAUCCUUUCUGCCUCUGGAUGGAGCUCAGAUCUUCUCUAAUUCCAGACUGCUGCUAAGGCCAUACAGACUUCAUAUAAAUCCAUAAUGAACUUUUUCACACUAUCUGUUGUUACCCAGAUGAGGACGGGUUCCCUUCUGAGUCGGGUUCCUCUCAAGGUUUCUUCCUCUUAAAACAUCUUAGGGAGUUUUUCCUUGCCACCGUCGCCACUCAGUGGCUUGCUCAGUUGGGAUAAAUUCGCACCUUUAAUAUCUGUAUACCAUGUUGAUAUUUCUGUAAAGCUGCUUUGAGACAAUGUCUAUUGUAAAAAGCGCUAUACAAAUAAAAUUGAAUUGAAUUGAAUUGAGUUGAAACAGCUGAUGAAUAGAGAGAGCUCCUCACUGAAGUGGAGAAACUGAAUCGCUCCUUUACACCAGCAACAUCAGCAUCUUACAGCCAUUUAAAGCAGCUUUAAUCAUUUUAUAGCAGUGUGUGAAGUACUUUUUCUACUGCCAGCAGGUUAGGACUGUUCCAGUCAGCUGUAGAGUUUUCACUCAUUAGUUAUCGCUUCUUUAUUGUGAAUAUUGUAACUGAAUAAAGGGAUUGAAGCUCAACUGAAGUCCAGAAUGUAAAUAUAUUUAGCAGAGAAUGUGUAUUUAGUGAGAAAUAAAACUAAUUAUGAUGUAUUAACUUUCUCAGAACUGUACGCUGUAGGUCAGUGAUAUAGAUUUAAGCAGCUAAUGUGUCAGUGCUGAUUGAUCUAAAGUAAUUACUGCUAUAAACUCAUUUAAAGUAGUGAAGUGAUGUUUUAUUUACUGUUGACGGUGUGAGUGGCCAUGUUGGUCUGAUGUCAUGUACUGAACUUGGGGGUGAGGAGACCUUCCUGACUUUCUGAGUAGGAAUUCUGAGUUGAGGGGCCGUUUUCUUUGUUGUUUUACGAGUUAUGAGCUUUAUUCAAACACAGCAUGAGCUCCUGAUUGUCAGCCAGUGAUCCUGGAAUAGACUUCUGAUUCACUGUGACUCUGACCAGGAUAAAGCUCUUGUAUAUAUCGCAGUAGAGCUAUUAAUCAUUAUUCAGCUUACGCAAUCUCACAUACACAAGCAAGACAGAGUAAGAACAAUCCAGAAGUGUAUUAACGUAUGUUUAAUGUAUUUUAUAUUGAGCUUAAAAUGUUGAUCUGUAUUAUCUUAAAAAUAAAGAAGUUUAUUAUCUGUUUAUUGUGACUGUGACACAGCAGUGAGCAUUUUAUCUGUGACACAGUGUUCAUGGUGAAAAUUAAAUUGCUGCUUUAACCA